GGUUACACGCUCCUCCCUCUUUUCCUAUCAGAGGCUUUCAGGGCUGCUGGUUGAUGGGCCACGCAGCAGAACUCUCAUUCUUGUGGUGUGAGAUCAGGAAGCAGCAGGAUGUGUCGGGAUCAGCUUGACUGCUGAAAAGAGGAGCGAAGGAGAGACGGAGAAGGAAGGAAAGCAGGAGAAGGAAGGAGGGAAGGAGGGAGGGAGGAGUAGAAGCUGAAGCUUUAGAGGAUCUGUUUUUCCUUCAGGAUCUGAGCGUCCUGUCCUGGAAUUACUCCAUCUAUCUCACAGCUCCAGGGACAACAUGAACUAUCUGAACGUCUUGGCCAAAGCAUUGUAUGACAAUGUGGCCGAGUCUCCAGACGAGCUUUCCUUCCGUAAGGGCGACAUCAUGACGGUUUUGGAGCGGGACACGCAGGGGUUGGACGGAUGGUGGCUCUGCUCUCUUCACGGCCGCCAAGGCAUCGUUCCAGGGAAUCGUCUGAAGAUCCUGGUCGGCAUGUAUGACAGUAAGCAGCAGCAGGUCACAGCUACAACACCAGAUCCAGCAUCUUCCUGUUCAACCCCCCAGUUGCAGCGACCCCACCUUCCUCAGAGCGCCUAUGCCCAAUCUACGCCCGCCAUCUCUACGCCAUCUGCACCAGUGUACCCAACUAAGCCCCUUUCCGCAGCUCAUUAUACUCCCAUGCACCCCCCCUACUCAACCCCCAGUCCUGCACAGUCAAAUAUGGACUCUGUCUACAUGAUGCCACCUUCACAUGGCCCAAAGGUGAGCUCCCAAAGUCUAUAUCAAGUUCCAUCAGGUCCGAGCGGAUCCUCCACACAGAUCCCACCAGGACCCCCUAAAAAGACCUCAGCUCUAGGCCAGGGACCAUUUGAGCCAUCUGCACAAGACAUCUAUCAGGUGCCCCCCUCUGUAGGGCUAAAUAAGGCUACUGCGUCAGCUGGAGGUACUGCAACCGGCCAAGAUGUUUACCAGGUACCCCCCUCCUGGGAGAGCAACACCAAGCCACUUGGAAAGGUAAGAAAGAGGAAGUCAGUGGUUUCAAUCUGAGGAAAUUGUGCUUAA